CUUCGUCUUCGCGGAAACUGGGACGCAACGGAACCGAAGGCGACGCCGCCAGAUUCACGACCUUCUCCGCUAUAAGUAUGGCGACUCCAGGCGGAGGUUCAAAGAAGAAACUUUACUUCCACAUCUAUCGUCGUUCCUUCAUUCAUGGAGCCACUGCAGAACCCUCCCUUUCCUCAGACUAUUAAACCGGAGUCUAACGGGAGUGUGAAGAACCCGAGUCGCUUGUUCGACCUCCGGAGCUCUCUCUCCUCGGUGACGGUGCCGACGCGGAAAGGGAGCGAGGUAAAGGUGCGUCUGGGGAGCACGAUGGCGUCCGAUUCCAAGCCUUUAAAGAAAAUUGAGUACGGAGAUGGGGGAUAUGUUCUCGAGGACGUGCCCCACCUUACCGAUUACUUGACGGAUCUUCCGGCCUAUCCGAAUCCGCUACAAAAUAAUCCAGCAUACUCAGUUGUCAAGCAAUACUUUGUGAACGUUGACGACACAGUUGCGCAUAAGAUCGUGGUCCACAAGAAUAGUCCAAGAGGGACGCACUUCCGUCGUUCUGGGCCUCGUCAAAAAGUCUACUUCGAGUCAGAUGAGGUGCAUGCCUGCAUUGUGACAUGCGGAGGCUUGUGCCCGGGGCUUAAUACUGUCAUCAGGGAAAUCGUAUGUGGCUUGUAUGAUAUGUAUGGUGUCACUAAAGUCCUUGGAAUAGACGGUGGUUAUAGGGGCUUUUAUGCUCGCAAUACCAUCACCUUCACUCCCAAAAGCGUUAAUGAUAUUCAUAAAAGAGGAGGCACAAUUAUUGGCACAUCAAGAGGUGGUCAUGAUACUUUAAAGAUUGUUGAUAGUAUUCAGGAUCGUGGUAUUAAUCAGGUAUAUAUAAUUGGAGGUGAUGGGACUCAGAAAGGAGCUUCUGCAAUCUUUGAGGAAAUUCAGAAACGUGGACUCAAAGUUUCUAUUGCUGGAAUUCCAAAGACCAUAGAUAACGACAUAAUGGUCAUAGACAAGUCCUUUGGUUUUGACACUGCUGUGGAGGAGGCACAGAGAGCAAUAAAUGCAGCGCAUGUUGAAGCUGAAAGUGUUGAAAAUGGUAUUGGCGUUGUGAAGCUAAUGGGUCGCUACAGUGGGUUUAUUGCGAUGUAUGCUACUCUUGCAAGCCGUGAUGUGGAUUGCUGCUUAAUUCCAGAAUCCCCUUUUUACUUGGAAGGCAAAGGUGGACUUUUGGAGUUUAUUGAAAGACGGCUCAAAGAAAAUGGUCACAUGGUUAUUGUUGUUGCUGAGGGUGCAGGACAAGAUCUUAUUGCCAAAAGCAUGCAAUCCAUGGACCAUCAAGAUGCUUCUGGCAAUAAGCUUUUACUUGAUGUUGGUCUUUGGUUGUCACAAAAGAUAAAGGAUCACUUUUCAAACCAUAAGAUGUCCAUAACUCUCAAGUAUAUAGAUCCUACAUAUAUGAUUCGUGCAGUUCCAAGUAAUGCAUCAGAUAAUGUCUACUGCACAUUGCUUGCCCAUAGUGCCAUACAUGGUGCUAUGGCCGGAUACACCGGCUUCAUUGUUGGGCCUGUUAACGGAAGACACGCUUACAUACCCUUCCACAGGAUAACCGAGAGAUGCAAGAAGGUUGUGAUAACAGAUAGGAUGUGGGCAAGACUGCUUUCCUCAACUAAUCAACCUAGCUUUCUCAGUCAUGAGCAUGUUGAGGACGCCAAAAAGGAAGAUGAGGCAUCACAUCACUUCUUUCUGGAUGCAGCCAACAAGAACCAUGAUCACGAUGAGCAUGCGACAGAUGAUUCCCGGAUCGGCAAUGGUGCCAUCUGAAGUAUUGCAUGUUGAAUAUGUUGCAAUUAGGAAACCUAUAGAUGUUACAGAAGCAAUUUAUCAGCGAUCCUAUAGAUGUUGUGUCAUAGCAAGCAAAGAAUGUGAAAAUAGUUAAGAGUGCUCGUACCCAUAUUAAUUCUCUAGUUCUGUGUAUACAUUACAAUUUUGGAGCUCCUUGUGCUGUGAGACUGGCAACGAGACUGCUUAUAAGUAAAUGAAAAGUUUGUUAUGUUUCCCGAGUCC